CAAAAACCGCCAGAUGUGAGUUGAAUUGAGUUCCCCUUUUCGUUUCCUUGAAUAGCUGGUGAAGGAAGGAAUCAGCAUCAUCAAUAUCGCUUACAAAUACACAGACAGAGAGAGAGAGAGAGAAAACAGAAAAUGUAAGAAUCUUCUCGCACAAGAAAGAAGAAGAACCAUCUAGGAGAGCUAGCUCAGAGAGAAAAAGAAAGAGAGAGAAAAAAUGGGUCGAAAUGGAGAAGGAGAGAGUGUAGGAAGAACAUCUUCACCUUCGAGCGCCAUCAACAGCAACGCCCACACCAACAACACGAUACUUAGAACGAGACCGGACCCCUUUUUGAUAGUCUGCAGGUGCUUUAGCGUCAUAACCGCUCUCACUGCCAUUCUCUGCAUUGGCGUCAACGUCCUCUCCGCCAUUCGAUCCUUCAAGGACGGAUCUGAUAUAUUCGAUGGGAUAUUUCGGUGUUACGCGGUUGUCAUUGCUUGCUUUGUGGUUCUUGCUGAGACCGAAUGGAAAUUCGUUAUGAAGUUCUGUCAGGUGUUAGAGUAUUGGGCUGCUAGGGGUAUGCUGCAGAUAUUUGUUGCAGUGAUGACAAGAGCUUUCCCUGAUUAUUAUGGGGUGCAGAAGGAGCUUGUUCUUCUUGAAGGCAUAUCAAGUUAUAUGCUUAUGGCUUGUGGUGUAGUUUAUUUAGUUUCGGGACUCCUGUGCAUUGGCCACCUCAAACGUGUUCGACAACGGGAAGCAAUUACGAGGGAUCAAGCAGUCAAGGAUCUGGAGGAUUUGGAGCGGCGUAGAGAGGAACUUGAACAAUUACUUCUUGUGGAAAGGGUGGAAAGGGUCUGAGACCAUUUUUGCAUGAGUAGACCAAGAAUCACCCUGUUAUUCCAGUUACCAGAGGCACGGAUAGCAAAUCUGGCAAUCUCUCCUAUGAGUUUGUAUUGUUGUACACUCGUUGUUUCAUUAUUUUCAAGUGUUACUCAGUUGCCUUCUUGGAAUCAAAUACUUGGCAGGAGUCUAAUUUUUUCUGUAUAAUUGUAUAGUUAAUGAGGCAUGUUUUGCUCUUUCUUGGCUGUUUGGAUAAAGUAAUGGCUAUUGUCUUAGACAAGAGUAACCCCAACUCUAACAUUGAUAUCCUUGGCAUUCUUUUUUCAAGAGCAUUGCAUACUUAUGGAAAUCAGUGUCUGAUGCUCCCUUUUCAUUUGUAAUUGAUACAUUGGCUUCAUUGUAUCAUGUAUGUGGUAUUGUUGAAUAUUACGAAUUCUGAUGUGAAAUGAUUGAGAAGUUAAACUAGAA